CUCCUGUCCUGAUAUUCCAGUUUCGGAUCAAUGCCUGGAAAACAGAAAGCAAGUUUCAACACGCGAGAUAUCCCGGAUCGCAGAACCCGAAUUAUGAAACACGUCACGCACACGGGUUGUUUGUUUUCUGAAUGGCGCGACCCUGCUGUCACUCGCAGUUUCGAGGUUGUUUUUUCGGCUGCAAGCUGCGUCCUCCCCCGUGUUUCUGGCGAGUGAAAUGAAUUCAAUGUUACCCCCCCGCCUCUCCUCUCCUCUCCUCUCCUCUCCUCUCGCAGUAUCUCUCCCCAGAGUCUGCGUGAACUGCGUGCUUCGUUAUCUCUACAGCCGACCCCGAGCGGUCUUCUUCGUGUCUCAACCGCUUCUUCAAACUAAAAUAACUGAGUUUAAAACCAAACGCGAAGCAAAACACAACAAGGGCACGCCGGCCCUCAGAAACCCGCUCGGCGCGCCAGGCACAGGGAGGGACGAAACCGGCGCCAUUUGGGAUCGGCGCCGCGGCAGCCUCGCCUCGCAGGACACAGCGCUGUGGAGCCAAGAUGGCGGACUGUAGUGCCCAGUUUCAUACCCUCGGCAGAGGGAGGCCAGCCAGCCAAUCAAUCGCGCAAGAUGGGUUUUUAGAGCGUGUCUGCAGCCAAUGAACGGCGGCGAUAGCCGCUUGGCCCCGCCCCUCGCUUGCUGCAGCGCGCAGAGAUGCCUGCUGCUGGAGGGAGGGGCCGAACUCCAAUCAAAGAGGGGCCGCUGGAGCCACAACUGGGGCCCCGAAUCAAACAGAUUUGAAAGUCUGUUCUGUUCCAGUGCAAUGGAAGAGGAGGCAGCAAGUGUGAGACAAGAGAGACAAGAGAGACUACAGAACCAGCGCACUCUGCUGGAGAGAAGGCAGCAGCGCAGGAGGCAGGAGACUUGCAUGGUUCAGGCCAAUCCUGACCUGAGAGUGAAGAGCUGGAAGCCUAAGAGGGUGGAGGGGGAGGGGGCUGACCUCAUCUCCGAGCCUCCAUUGGAGGAGAUCUCUCUCGCUGACCUCACUCUUGCCUCGACGACCGCUACCACGGAGACCACAGAGAGCCAAUCACAGGCCAGGAAGAACAGGAAGAAGGACAGGGAACAGGAAGCAGCUGACCUUCUAAGAGAGCAGGCGGGCGGGUGGAGGGGAGGGACUGUGCGCCAAGCGGAAACCAAACUGCUCACCAAGAAAGCUGCGGUCAAGAUAGAGAAGAAAUUGAAGCAGCGGGCGGGUGAGGAGACUGGCGCCAUUGCAGCUCUGACAAGAAAAACCUCUGCAUCUCAGAAACCAACAAAGAAACAAAAAUCCCAGUCUGCAUCAAAAAACAGCAAGAAAUCAGGCAAUUCCCAGAACAGAGACCAGUUAAAAGGGCUCGAUGGUCCGGCUGGGUUCGAGGACCCUGUCCCGGAGAUUGGGGGGUCAGAGGAGUGGAGCGAUGAAGAGAAGGGGGAGAGGGAGAAUGGAGACUACCCACAAUCCCCCAUGAAGAAGAAAAAACUACCAGUGAGAGUCAUGCUGUGGGAUGAGAAAGCGCGUGCGCCCAUUAUAGAGAUCGACCAGUUCAAUACUGACCCUCAACCAGAGGAGGCGCUGUUCAGAGAGGCAGCUCAGAAACAGAAGAAGAGGAGUGUAAGAGAGGAGGAGGAGGAAGAAGGCUCUUCUGGCUCGGAGGAUGAUGAGUCGAGAGACUCCUGCAGCCUGGCUCCUUUCAACAGUAAUUCCAAACAUCGAUCUACAGACAGCGAUGCGACUAGCAGGCUGGAAUUCCAGGAUCUGGAGGAGUUUGCCCUAAGGCCAGCUCCCAAAGAAAGGACGGUGUGCUGUAGACUGACCAGAGACAAGAAGGGAGUGGAAAAGGGGAUCUACCCAACAUACUACUUGCACCUGGAGAGAGAGGACGGGAAGAGAGUGUUUCUGAUGGCCGGCAGGAAACGGAAGAAAAGCAAAACAUCGAACUACCUGAUUUCAAUCGACCCGACUGACCUGUCGAGAGACGGGAAGAGUUACAUUGGCAAAGUGAGGUCCAAUGUGAUGGGUACAAAGUUCACGGUUUAUGAUCGAGGUGAGAAUCCGGAGAAGAAACCAUUCGUUAAAGAGAGCGAGACGAUCCGACAAGAGCUCGCAGCCGUCUGCUACAAGACAAAUGUCCUUGGGUUCCGUGGUCCUCGGAAAAUGACCGUCAUCAUUCCAGCGAUGGACCUGGAGGAGAGAGUGACCAUCCGGCCCAUGAACGCGAGGGGCCAGUCUCGUUACGGGGGAGCCCCUCGCCCCCUCUCCACCCUCCCUCUUUCAGCUGAAUACAUUGUGAUGCAGUUUGGACGCGUUGCUGAGGACGUGUUCACCAUGGACUACAGCUUCCCUAUGUGUGCACUGCAGGCCUUCAGUAUCACUCUGAGCAGCUUCCACAGCAAGAUAGCCUGCGAAUAAACAAUCCCUCUCCUCUCCCUCCCCUCCCCUGCCCAUCCCUCUGUCUC